AAAAUCCAAGAAGAUCAUCACUCUAUUAUGUGAAUUUAAUGGCAAUUAAGGUUGGAAAUAAAGUUGUGGAUAUCCCAGCUACUGCAUUUGCCUUUGAUCCCAACACCGGUGCCGGAACAGUCAUCGAUUCUGGCACUAUCUUCACUAGUCUGGUGAAGGCAGCCUAUAUCCCUGUUCGAGACGAGUACCGGCGAAGGAUGGGCAACGCCACAGUGUCCUCUCUCGGUGGCUUCGACACUUGCUACACCGUGCCGAUUACCAUUCCCUCCAUCACCUUCAUAUUCUCCGGCAUGAACGUUACUCUGCCGCAGGACAAUUUCAUCAUCCGGAGCACCGCUGGUACGACCUCCUGCUUGGCAAUGGCGUCGGCGGCCGACAACGUCAACUCUGUUCUGAACGUAAUAGCAAACUUCCAGCAGCAGAACCACCGGAUCCUGAUUGACGUGCCCAAUUCCAAACUCGGUGUGGCCCGUGAAUCCUGCAGCUAGCUGAUUGUCAAAUUUGGAAUUUGAAUUUUAUUAAUUUAUGUUGAGUUUGAUGUUAAAGAGUAAAGGGGAACUUUGCGCUUGUUUGGCCACCAUUCCUUUGCAUUCUAUUCUAUUUUUUUUCCAUAAACUUUCGAAAAUAACGUACAAAAUGUGUCAGAAUCAUACCUGGCUUUCCUGACAAAAUAUUAAUACACAUGCAAGAGAUUUUUGUGGUCAAA